CUCACACACCGCCUAAAAUAUAUGGGAAGAAGCUGGCAGAAUAGCCAUAGGCUAGACUUGAUUAGGGAAAGUGCUGAACUCUUUCUGAGGGGGGGUGCAUAUUAAUUUCCUCCCACUGUAAAGAGUCCUCAGAUAGAUAAGCCCCUUCUUGGCAUGGAUGCUUGGACGAACCCCGCUUUUAGAGACGGGAUACCCCGCGAAUUGUGCGGGGUAUAGUUCACUUGACAGGGCUUGUUAGUUUCAUGAUGUACAUACCAGGCUCAGUGUGACACGCUUUCACCCGGCAAUGAAACGAUAUACCCGGCGAAAUGCCAUCAAUCAGAUUAGUUCAAAAGACAGGCGCAUCACCAUAUAAAUACCCAAGCGCCUCGGGUUCAGUAAGGUAGACCCUACCUUCCACUCCAGCUAGCAACGCACACAAACCCAUCAUGACACAGUCAGCCUCGUCGUCUCCGAGACGACGAUAUGCGCUCGUGGGGACCGGGGGCCGAGCCGGACUUUACUACACCAGCCUGGCGCGCGACUUCGCCGAGACCAGUGUCCUGGUCGCACUAUGCGAUACCAACCAAACGCGCCUCAACUACGCCCGCUCCAAGAUCGAAAGCCUCGAGGCCGGGCGCGUGCCCACCUACCUAGCGGCCGACUUCGACCGCAUGGUUGCGGAGACGCAGCCGGACGAAAUCAUCGUAACCACGAUCGACCGCACGCACCACACGUACAUCAUCCGGGCACUGGAGCUGGGCUGCGAUGUGAUCACCGAGAAACCGAUGACGAUUGAUGCGCCGCGGUGCCGGGAGAUCUUCGCGGCCGUCGACCGCACGCAGCGCCGGGUGCGCGUUACCUUCAACUACCGGUACGCGCCGCACAACAGCAAGAUCUACGAGGUGCUACGGUCCGGAGCGAUCGGAACAGUGACGAGCGUGCACUUCGAAUGGAUGCUCAACACCUCCCACGGGGCGGACUACUUCCGGCGCUGGCAUCGCGACGCGCGCAACAGCGGCGGGCUGCUGGUGCACAAGGCCACCCACCACUUCGAUCUGGUGAACUGGUGGCUGCAGUCGCGGCCCGCGACCGUGUUCGCGCAGGGCGACAUGCGAUUUUACGGUCGCGAGAACGCUGAAUCCCGUGGCGUGAAGGAGUUCUACGCCCGCGCGCACGGCAGCCCUGCCGCCGCAAACGACCCGUUCGCGCUGCACUUGGACCGCAACCCUACCCUCAAGGCCUUGUAUCUCGAUGCGGAGCAUGAGGACGGCUAUCACCGCGACCAGAGCGUAUUCGGAGAUGGUAUCAGCAUCGACGAUACCAUGAACGUCAUGGUGCGCUACGAGAAUCGCGCCGUCUUGACUUACUCUUUGACUGCGUAUGCUCCCUGGGAAGGGUUCCGCGUGAGCUUCAACGGCACCGGUGGGCGCCUGGAGGCCGAGGUUGUCGAGAGCAGUUAUGUGAAUUCUGGUGGGGAGCAGGCCCUGGAGGGCGCCGCCGAGCGUAUCACCCUGUUACUGCGCCCGCUCUUCGAGGCCCCGCGCGAGAUCGCGAUCGAACAGGCUGCCGGCGGCCACGGCGGGGGUGACAAUCGCUUGCUGGCGGAGCUCUUUGGGGGUGAGAGCCCCAAGGACGAGGAGUAUAGGCGUGCUGCAAAUCAUGUAGAUGGGGCGGCCUCGAUUCUGACGGGGCUGGCGGCAAACCGCGCCAUUCGUACCGGGCAGGUUGUUGACGUCCGCGACAUUCUCGACUUGCCCUGAUUAGCCAAUUUUUGGCAUGAUGCCAGCGCACACAUAUUAAUUUUCUUGAACACGCUUAAUCCGUUGGCCCUCAUUUGCAUAGACCAAAAGUUGCAUCU